AUAACGUAUAAGCUUUCAUUCGCUAAUGGCUUGCACCAGAAAUUUUAACGAUGACAAUUUGCGUUAUAUAGGCCUCCAAAUGUGCGGCGUUACUUAAUUUUAUUUAGUUUUUUCACUCUGAGAACUGUUAAAUAUUCAAAUAAAAAAAUCCACUAACCGUUAGCGUCAAAGAAAAAAAAAUCAAGUCUCUUAUUUUCAGAACACGACGACGACAGGAACGAUAACAAAGAUACACGAUAACAAAUAAACGUGAUAAAAACACACGAAAACCUAUCACGAGCUAUUUUGAUGGAUCGCCGAGAGAAAUUGAUGGAAGGUUUGCUGAAAUCCACGGAAGGGAGCUUGCAGAAUUUCGAAUCAAAGAUCCAAAGCGGAGAAAGAUACCGAACUCAGAGUAGCUUCAAAAUAAUUCCUACGAUACCCGAGGACCAGUUCGCAAAUGAUCGGUAACGAUCAGUAAAAAGAUCAGUUACAUAAAAAUAUUUCGAAAGUGUCCUAUGUACUUCGACGUAAAUCGGUCCAUUUGGCAAUCGAAGCGUCGUCCUUUGACGGAUCGUUUGGCACGAUUGGCGAUCGAGUCGAUCAGGUGAAGAGCGAGAAAGGCCGUCAAGGGUAAGUUUAAAGGGGUGGCUGAGGGAAGAUAGAACGGGAGGGCGUGCAGUUUGAAACGAACGUCUGUCUCCGGGGGGUUACAGGUGGUUGCUCCUGGAAGAAAGAGCCGAGAGAAAGGAACACGUCGCAGGAGGCUGAAUGAAUUGGAAAGACAAAAAAUAAGGCGGAGGCCCCACAUGACCACACACACAAUUUGAUUACUGAGCUUUGCCUUGAAUAGGCACAACCCUGCUCAUAAAUAUGUGGACACUUACUAUUUUCAAUGAACAUUCAAGAUACGCUGUAUUAUACUUUACAGUUUUACAUUCCUUGGCAGAUUCUGUUGAACAUUUAUAAACGAAUUAUUUCUCGAAAGCGUACGAAACCGUAAAGUGUGAAACAAAGAUCGCACUAAAAGCAACGAGUAAGAUCCUUUUGCGAAAGGUCGAAAACCUUAAAGGAGGUUAAAGUCUUGCCCAGAAAGCAGAAAUGAAACCACCAUCAACACUAGCCCACGGAAAAUAAAAUAAAGAUUUAUCGUUCGAAAACGUAGCAAGCGUGAAAUAUUAAGCUGACCGCACGAUCAAAAUAGCUGGAAGAGUAUUCUAUCGAAGAAUCAAUAAAUUAAAUAUAUGAUAAAGCUUUUCGAAGAAUAUAUCGUAUUAAGGGAGUAUUUCAAUCUACAAUCUAAAAAAAAAAAUCAAUUAAACAAUGCAAAGAUAUACGUAUAUGAAUAAAACUACAACAACUUUUAAGACUUACGCAUUUAAAAAAACAAAAAAAAAUUGUAAAGAAUACCUCAAAAAUCAACGCUGCAGACUAUAAAACCCCUUCUAAAUAGAAGAUUGUGAUAAAAACAGACUCCUCUUUCAUCCCCGCUCCGCCCCGAGAAAACCGAGAAACGUUCGCGCUUUCCACGGAUCCCCGAACCGGAAACCCAGUCCUCGAAACCCGAUUCUUUCGGAAAAAUUAAUUAACGAACCCCGCGCGAGCGACAUCGAAAAAGAAAAAAAAAAAAAAAAAAUUCCUCAGCCGUCAGAGUUCGAAACGAAGAUUCCAUGAGCGCGUGGCACGGCCACGAAGCAAAAUUAAAACCGCCAGGUCGACCUACCACCGAAUCCCUAACCGUGUGCUGGACGAGAUCCCGAAAUGCCAGAGCUUAACCGCGCGCGCCACCCCGUAGAUAAGAGCAGCGCUCGAUGGUGGGGUAGCGCGAGAGCGAACCGUCGGAGGGGCGAGCUUUUGCAAGCUCGUGGCGCCACUUAGGGGUAGAAAUCCCCUCUAUUUCCACGUCGGUAGCAAGGAGGAAGAGGGAGGGUUAGAGGGAUGUGCAAGCAAGCCUCGAUUCUAGGCUUCGCAGUCAGUCGUGCGAGGAGCGAGACUCGCGAGGGUCGAAGGCUCGUCGCGACCCCGUGCUGGUCAUCCUUCCCGGCGGACUGUUCCCUCGGGACAGGCUCCACCUGUUUAUAUCAAUCCGUCGCGAGCGUAACGAGCGAUAAAAGAAAAUGUGGCCAGCCCUGCUGCUCGCGGAGGGGAACCCAGGAUCGAACGACGGACCGUGCACGAGAUAAUCGGCGUGAAAGGGGUGGAAACGCGUGCCGGUACCCCUGGCCCAGUGAUUUCGCCGUGAUUACCAGCUUAAUUGAUCAGGCUCGGCGGUUUCAUUGGAUUUGUGGUUGGGCCUGGAUUUGGUAUUAAGAAGGAUGGGUUGGAUACUCACCGGUCUUUGGUUGGCGUUAAUCAUCGUCGUCGUUGCUGGCGCCGCCCUGGCGCUCUGUAGAAGGUAUUGCAUCGGUUGGCAAUGGAGCGCUAGAAACGUUUGGAACGUCUGCGAGGAGUGGCGACAGAGGCUGUCCUGGUUGUGGGCACCGCGGGAAGAAAAGGUUGGUUUGGUGAAAGCACAAUAUCCAACGGCGCAGACGAUACCUGGUUUGUAUCGACAACCUGGAAACACGUCUCAACACCUCCUUCACAGCAACAGCGAUCUCAGAAUCGAUCCUCAGGGCGGUUUCACCAGAUUUGAGCCGGUGGACAGAGAUCUCCACCCGCCUCUGGGCGCAAUCGGUAGCACGAUUCCGCCGCAGCCACUGAGGCCAGCGCCACAGCCGAAUCCGAUACCCCAAAUGAAUCCAGCACCGCCACCAAAGUCAACGUCUCGUCCAAGGCCUCCGCCCCUGCAACCCCCCAGCACCGUGAACUAUCUAAGGAUGCAGGACACUGGUCCGGGUCCGCUAACUCCGCCGCCGUCGUUGCAGGGCUCGAUUCCCUCGCGAUCGAACGGCCCGUCGUUUUUCCAUUUUCAAGCGAAACCGAUCAAGAGCUACGGAUUGUACAAAACGUCGAACGAGCACGUUCCGCCGUUCAGAUUCGACGACACGACGCAAUCCGUGACGGAGAGCAUCCAAAUGACACCGUACGGAGCGCAGAAUCACGUGGACUCCCGACUGAGAUACGAACUCGAGGAGGAGCGAAGGAAAGACACCAGAUGCAACCCUUACAGGCAAUUCGACGCCGGUGUCGAGUCGACCAGGAUCAGGUACGGGGUGGAUGGCGCGCCUAUAGCUACUCUGAACGGCAAAGGGGACGAGGAUGGGAACACGAGCUACGGCAGUUAUGACAUCGUCCAAAGGAGUCACAUGAUACGGCAGCAUGUCAGGAAUGAUUCCCGUAUCUCGGCAAGCAGUUACGGAAUGACGAAUUCUUCGAAUGCCGCCAGCCAGACCAUCAUGGAAUCGAUAUACGGGCCCGCGGCGCUGUCUAAGAUGCUUCAGAGCACUCAGAGUCUCGGCAACGACCUCGAUCGGAAGAGCAACGAGAUGCAGAGCAUAGAAAUGACUCCCUUCAGGAGUUCUAGCCUUCAGAACGACAUAGACGCGUCCUACUUGUUCAGGGAGUCCCAGGGACUGCAGAAGGUUUCGCAGUACAUACAGAGCCUGCCCGAUCUUCCUAUUUACGGCUCGAUGAACGAGCUAGCGCUGCACCAAGAUCAAGAGCACGUGUUGUACGACGACACGAUGCCGGACUCGAUCGAUGCGCUCAAGUUCAACAGCGAAUCUGCAUCCAGUCCUGUACCACCGCCGCCAGCCCCGCCUGAUCCGCCGAAAGACCUGUCGAAAAAGAACGGGCCAACCACCGGCGAGAAAAUAUUCAAUGCGUUGAGGUUGGUCACGUCGCAAAGUUACAUCGACGCGCCGAAAUUUUACAACCGUAGCUCAGUCCUCUCUGCGCCAGAGCAAGUCCAAUGUUUCACAUUUCCAUCGAGAUCACCGUCGCUGGUGGAUGACACCCUGAGCAAUCAGUUGCAGAACGACGUCCGGGACAUUUACGGGGAAAACGAUGUCGAUGUGAUAGGUCCUGACGGAUCUAGACGUAGCUCCGAUCUGUACAGUCCUGAGCUUAAUUUGGAAGCACACAGAACUGCGCAAGAAGUGUACAAUAGUUUACAAAAUCCCCCUUCGUCCCCGCUGUUACUCAAAGAUCAUCACGAUCAAGAGACAUACAGUUACGAGACCGAUCCUAGUUUUACGAGAACCUCGGAGGAUAUUUUGAAUAGUAUCGAGCAGAGGAGGAAAAGUAUGGAAAGGCAGAAUGGUAUUCUCAGCGAGCUCAACGAGUUCGAUGAAGCUGACUCGUUAAGUUUCCAAACCCAAAACCAAGAUUUUUACGGCGCGCAGGAGGAGUUCCUGAAACGAAAAUCGUCACAGAAUUGGGAGGACGCGUUCAUCUCGAAUUACACUUUGAACGAUUUCAACGAGAUCAGUCGCGGUAGCCGUCGUGGACCACAGGGCCCGGAACCGGAGCCACCACCGGAUGAAUUGGACAUGAAGAGAGCCAUAAGCUGCGAGAGCGUGUGCUCGGAGACGAGCGUGGUUUUCAACGACCUCGAAGAAAAGCGUAUCGUCGGUUGCGUCUGCGUGACGGUUGAAUACGACAGAUUGAGCGGUCGUGGAGCUGACAGCGAGGGUGAACUCUCGGUCACCGUCCACGAGGCCAGUGAUCUCAAAAUGCCGGACGGUCAACCCGCACAGAACACGUUUGCCAGAGUAUGUCUGUUACCCGACAGGCAAUUGUCACAGAGAACCAAAACGUACAGAGGAAGUCCAUUGACCCGUUACCAUGAGAAAUUCUUGUUUUGCCUCCACGGUGGUCCCACGGGCAGAACGCUUCUCGUCGAAGUGUACUCCGACGAGAAUUGCAUCGGCAGCGAUGAAAUUCUCAUCGGCGAAGCUACUUUACCUUUAGAACCGCCGCCAAGGGGCACUGGCACGACAACCACCAGGCUACAACUCGUUGGAUCGCGUCUACCAAAGCCACGAUUAGGGGAAUUGAUGUUCUCUUUGAGCUACUCGCCAACGGCGGAAAGACUCACUCUGGUCGUCGUGAAGGCUAAGAAUUUACGCGGCGCCAGCAGCGUGUCUGGGGACUUCUUUGUCAAGGUUUACUUAAUUCAACAAGGGAAGAAGGUGCACAAGAAAAGGACAUCAAUCAAGAAAGGGGAGAAUAAUCCGAUUUUCAACGAGUUUAUCAUUUUCAAUGUGCCCACCCAUAUCCUGGAGAAUAUACAGUUGAGAUUGAAGGUCGCGGAAAUCAACAGCGAGCAAGGCAUGAAACCGAUCUCCGUCGGGUACAUUAUCGUCGGGCCCACGUCGACCGGAAACGCGCUUCUCCAUUGGAGGCAAAUGCUGGCUGCGUACAGACAUCCUGUCGCCAUGUGGCAUCCGCUUAGAAAGUGAAGAAAAUGGGUGUAACAUAGGAGCGAGAAUCUGUAACGAUUCGAGACACUCUGCGACGAAACUAUGCGACAUCUGGUCAAAUUCUUGGAAGACUUUGUUCCAGGAAAAGUUUACUUCUAUCGUGAUGUUCAAAAUCAUUCAUGAAAGUAAUUCAUUUCUCCUUUAAAGAAUAAAAUCAUUAGAAACGUGGCGGCUAAUAAAAACGUUGGACCAUUGCUCCAAAAAAAAAAAAGAAAAAAAAGAAA